AUGUCAACUGGAAAUGUCACGGCCAAAAUAAUAACAGAAUUUGUCAUCGGUGGAUUCGACACGGUUCAGAAUCCGGUGGGAGCUGGAAUCGCAAUGCUUGUGAUCUACGCCCUGGUUAUGCUUGUCAAUGCUGCUAACAUAUGUUUCAUCGUGCUGGACAAACGCUUGCACCAGCCCAUGUACAUUUUAAUUUGCAACCUGGCUCUUGUGGACAUGCUGUAUAGCAGCAGCUGCAGUCCCACCAUGAUCGGGGCCCUGAUAGCUGGCGCAAAAACAAUCUCUUACGUCCCCUGCUUCAUCCAGAUGUUUGCGUUCCACCUGGGCGGCGUCAUGGAGAUGUUCGCCAUUGCUAUGAUGGCUUUUGACCGCUUGAUUGCCAUCUCCGUCCCUUUGCGAUACCACAGCAUUCUGACCAAUGUGCGCACGCUAAUCUUAGCGUUCGCCUUGUGGAUUGUGGCCUGUGCGUUCGUGGCCGUGUUGCCUGGCUACGCGAUACCUCUCCCUCUUUGCUACUCGACUCUCCCGUACACGUUCUGUGACUUUGCCGCUGUCAUCAGGGCCACUUGCGUCAAUCCUAAUUUCUACUUCAACAUCGUUACCAUUAUAACCUUCUUUCUGUUGUUUUCCACGUUCUCCUUUAUUUUCCUGUCCUACUUGAGGAUAAUGUUUGCUGUGCUGAAAAUGUCUUCGAAAACUGACAAGAAGAAAAUGUACAGCACUUGCCUCAGUCACCUGAUUGUGGUGGUGUGCUAUUACUGCCCUAUGUUUAUACGCAUAGUCCUCACCAGGCUGGGGGUGGAACUGACCAAAGACGAGCGCCAUGGGUUGCUAAUCGGGGCAGUUCUUGGUCCCUCUCUUGUAAACCCUUUCGUAUACUGUUUUAGAACUAAAGAAAUCCGAAACAAAAUUUCAAAAAUAUUUAAGAGAGUUGAACCCAGUGAAUAA